UCAAGGUAUUCUGCAUGGCACCAAAGCCGUAUGAUAAACACCCUGAAUGGGAAACCCUAACAGCUCAUUCAGCAGCAGUUCGACAUUGUUGUAUUGGUAGCAGGGAAAGUGGUCAUCCUUUGAUUGCCACUGCAUCCGAUGACAGCUCCGUUCAACUAUUGGAUACCAGAAACAUGCCAUCACCCAAAGUCGUCAAAUUGCCGGUAAGUAAGGUCAAUAACGACAGUCUAAGGCGUGACUUUUUGAAACAGCAAUAUCUAAGCCAAGAUCAUCGUCCUUCAAUUUAAAAACUGUUUUUUGUUGUUCCUUAGGUACACAUUCCAUUUCCUAACCGAACACCUUAGUGCUACGCUCGGUGAUUUUUUUUUAUAGUUACUCUGCGGUAGCUGUCUAGUUUGCGGAGUAUUAUUGCUAUUUCGAAUAAUGCACAUGCAUGAAGAAAGGAUUUCUUUUUCAAUUUGAUAAUCCCAAUAUCAAGUAGCCCUUUAUUCCAAUAAUCAAUUAUAUAAUAUUCCAGUUCGUUUAAAGCAUUGCAAGUUGAUUAAUACACCAGCUUAAAAUGUUUUACCUCGAUCAUAUCAAGGAAUAAUUGAUUAAGGGUAUCUUCUUGUCAUCACUGAUAUGGGUAUAAAAAAGAUACAGUAAAAGAGGUAAAGAGUAGCAUCCUUGGAGCAGUUUUUUCCAGUUGGAGGUUCAAAUCCAUUUUUCCAAUUCAUCUUAACAAAUGUCUGGUCAGUACACUCAUUUCAGGUUAUUCCUUCACUUAGGAUCACGAUUCUGUUACACUGCUUCUCUACUUUCAUGUGGGGUCGCAUCGCAGCCUUGCUUUUACCCUAAUUACUCCUUCAGACCUGAGUGUCACUUUGUUUUCUUUAAUUGCCCAGGAUCACGACGGUACAGCUAUAGCUUGUUCAUUCUCCAGCGAUGAUAAGUUAGCUGUGAGUUGCUCUGCGACUGAGACAUGGGUUUGGCAAGCUUUUACACCUGUGCACAGACUACACCAACUCCAUCCAGCCUCAGGUGCAGGAGGUAGGACAACUUAGACCCUGUAGAAAAAGAUUAAAUGUUGUUUCACUGUCACUUUAAUUUAUCCAAAAAGAGGAGCCACUGUGGUCAGUCUUAUGUGGGAAAACCGACAAAAGAUGGAAACCGAACUUUAGAUAUAUUAUAUAUAUCGUAAUCUAGUGUGACAUUCGAACAGACCUACACUCAGGAAAGCAUUGAUUUCUUUUUACUUCUGGUUAAAAAAAAAUAAUUAUGGUGCAAUGUUUUAAACCAUACACAAAAUGUAGCAGAAAAUGCAUUCUUAUUGCAAUUAUGACUUUCCCUGAUUUCGAUAAAGAAAGUUUUAUUAUUAAUAAUGUUAAAGUGGCGUCAUCGCAAGCCUCCUCCAAAUUAACUUGAAACGUGGCUAUCUAGUCCAUGUCAAGGUUUCGUCCUUUGUCUGACAUACUUUUUUCAAAACCUAUAAAAAUAAAUUUUUUGUUUCAUUCCUCAGAAAUCGGCUCUUAUCCGUGUUUUUCUGAAGACAGUGAUUUUGUAGCAGUGUUUGUGAAGACCGAUGUGGACAUUUGGCAUCUUAAGUCUGGAGUGGAUCGUCAUGGAUCUGAUGCAACCCUAAUUAUGGGAGCUCACAGGUAACUAAUGUGAUCCAAUAAUAUCCAAUAAAGGACAUUGUAACUUUAAAUUAUUGUUAUGACUAUCGUCAUCGUCAUCGUCACUGUCUUUACCAUCAUCAUCACCAUCAUGAUCAUGAUCAUCAUCAUCAUCAUCAUCAUCAUCAUCAUCAUCAUCAUCAACAUCAUCAUCAUUAUCAUUAUAAUAAUAAUAAUUAUUAUCAUUAUCAUAAAUUAUCAUUGUAAUUAGCAUUUUAAUUAUCAUUAUUCUCACAACUUGUUCAUACAAAGAUAAUAGGGGUCAUAGAGUGCACUCGUUUCUUUCGUAUUUCCCACAAAACACCUUGUUUGCCACCUAAAAUAUUAAGCAAUGUCUUAAGCAACGUAGAAACAAAAUCAAAGGGGUGAACAAGCUGUAUUAUGGAAAGUCCUCGAGUGGAGAAUUAUUGAUUAAUUGAGUUGUACUAAAAAUUUAAUCUCUUGACAGAACUCUUACCUUCCUUUCCGUUCGCAACCUCUUCACCAAAUUCACAUCUGAUGGUCUCUAUUGCUGUUUGCUGACCGAAAGUGAACCUGGUACAGUCCGUUUGUACCUGGCAGUGAAUAAGUUCGUCCUAGAUGAGUGGGCGAAACACGAGCUAAAGGCCCCUCCACCAAGCGAUUUGAAUGAUCGUGAGGCUUUUGAGCAGAGAUUUUCAGUGGACGAAGGAAAAAAGGUAUAGUAUAGUUAUUUCUUUAAUUUGUUAUUUAGAAGAAAAGAAACUACGCACUACCCACUACGCAGAUAGAUACCUAACCAACAGCAGUUUGCGCAACACCAAAGAACAGCACCUACUGUAAGUCUGAAAACUUCUCGAUAUUCACCUAACCCUUAGCGUUCCUUCCUACUCUGUAGUACCUAGGUGAUGAACUGCGCGUAGUACACCAAUCAGCUCUUGUUUUAGAGCAUAAAAAGCUUUUAUACCAAUCCUAUUAAAGAGUAUAAAGGCAAGAAGGAAAAAGAGGGCCAUAUGGCCAAAGUUCUCGGAAAGAGGUCACUUCUCAGUUCAUAAUCCAUUAUUAUUUGACUGGUAAGGCUUGGCGAAGAGUAGAAAUGUCAAAUACUUAUUUAUUAUCUUUAAGACGUGAGUAGGAUCAUAAAUCCAAACACAAGGGCCCCCAAAAAGCUCGCAGAAACACUAAUUAUUAGGGCUAAAAAUAUUUUUAUUUAUUCAGGUUUUUGGAGGUCAGUUAAAGUUAGGGUUUAUGGAAGCUUCGUGUAGUUUUUUUAAACAGAAUCCUAAUACAAGGCGCUGUUGAAAAUUCAGCAUAGCUAGCUAUCGAAAUAAAAGAUUUUAUGACCGAAAUGAGUUUUUUUCUUGUUCAGGUUACCGAGGCAGCCAUAUCAAAAACAUGCGGCAGAUUGGCGGUCAUAAGUGUACCACAGCAAAGCAUUGCUCAGGAAACUCUGAAAGGACCAGUGGAGAUACACGUAUGGGACAUGCACUCCAACACAAACUGGAAAGUGUUGUUAUCCUCACAACCAUCCAUCAGUAGACAACUCAUAGUUGGCUGUGAUUACCUUGUUUCAUUUGUCCAAACACGAAAAAACGUUUCUGACACUGACAACCUGACAAACGUUUUGCAGAGACGGAGCGCAAGAGGCCCUUAUUCGCGGCCUGACGAAGCUGUGUUUCAAAUUAUUGAUAAACGUGGAUCGACACUUAAAUCUUUUCAAAUCCCAGGAAAGUUUUCUGAUUUCAGUGUUAAUGUUGCUGAAUCCACACUGAAACGAAUCUCUGAAGAACUUGUUGCAUAUGAACUCCACGAGGGAGUGGUCACAGCCCAGAAUGUCAAAACUAACACAGGGCUAGGCACGUUUACUGUUAACAACACAGAAAUUACAGCAGUGAAUUUCUCAUCGAAUGGAAAAUCAGCCGUUGUUGGGUGUGCUAACGGAAAUCUACAUAUCAUUCAGAUGAUUUGA